UCCGCAGUACAAAAUGUAAAAUCACCAAAUAAUAAAUUGUUGAUAUUACUAUUUAUUGUUAAACUAGCGUAUUUCAAUACAAUUUUACUGUUACUGUUUACUUCUACAAACAUUAUUUAUUUUUUAAUAUCAAAUUAAAAUAUGCAUUAAUUUGUUAUUUUUUAAAUACGCACUAAGUAUUCGUUUUCUAUUAAAUCGAGACAUUCCAUCUACCAUCACUAAGUACCGACCACCAAGAUGUCUACUAAAACAGUGUUUGUCACUGUCGGUACCACUAAAUUUGAUGAACUAAUUAAUACUGUCACUGACCAUCGUACCCUCCAAGCCCUGAAACGUAAUGGUUACACAUCAAUGAUACUUCAAAUAGGAAAUGGUUCAUUUGUUGUCGAACCUUCUGAUGUUUUAGAAAUUACAAGUUAUAAAUUUAAGCCAGAUAUUGGACCUGAUAUGAUUAAUAGCGAUCUAAUAAUAAGUCAUGGAGGAGCUGGUUCCAUAAUGCAAGCAUUAGACUAUGGUAAACCUUUGUUAGUGGUAAUCAAUGAAAAGUUAAUGAACAACCAUCAAUGCGAAUUGGCAGAAAAAUUAUGCGAAGAGAGAUAUUUAUAUUAUACUACUUGUGAAAACUUAUGGAAUUGUAUUGAAAAUUUAGAUUUUAGUUUAUUAAAUUCAGUAAAAGUUGAUAAUUCUAAAAAAAUAUGUAAACAAAUUGAAUAUUUUUUAAAAAUAUAAACUUGUCUAAUCAUUGUGUAA